UCUCGUUUGACUCAAAGGAUUUCGUGUGACGUCACAAAAGUAUUAAAUACAGAUUGUUCACGGUGGACGUUGUAGUGUGUUGUGUUGUGUGGUUGCGGAACGUGACGUCGCAUAUAAAAUGAAGCCACUACUUCAAACAGUGGUGGUCAUAUGCCUGCUUAUAGGCGCCCAAGCACACCCAGAAAACAUCGAAGAUGUCAAAGAAUUACCCCAAACCAAAGAACCAGUAGUCGAGGCUGAAGAAUCCGAACCAAGCACACGAGUAGAGCGUUGCUCAACAUGUGGCCCGCUUAAAAUUAACUCGCCUAAAGAAGUAUUGGCAGCGCUUCAAGCGAUUCCAGGAUCUGAAGUACACACGCAACAGUCUUUCGAAGGCUGCUCGAGUGAGAAAGGCUGCGCUGGCGUCAAAGUAAAAGACGGCCAGGUCGUCCAAAGAUACGGAAACUCAGACGCGUUCAAAGCCGCCGAAGCAGCUGAUGUCAACAACGAAUUUAACUUCUUAGCCGCUGGAGCGCUUGCCAACCCCUUCUGGUGGAUGAGCCAAGACUCACCGUUCAAAACGGGCGGUAAUUUCCAGAAAUUCAGCAAACAAAGCUCAAGCUAUACGACCGCAGGUGCUGCUGGCAAUGCAGGUCUCGAUGCAUCUUUGAACCUCGCUGGCAACCCAUUCUUAAACGGUGAAUUCGCAAACGCAGGGUUCGCUGGACAAGGCGGUAAACCCGGAUCUUCUUUCCAAUCAUCUUCUUUCGAAUCGUCAUACAGUUCGAAGGGAGACCUUGAUUUGUCAAAGAAUCCGUUCCUUAACGGUGGUUUCAAGGGACAGGGUGGUUUGGGACAAAAUGCGUUCGCACAAGGCGCAAAUUCAAACUUCGGAGGGUCUAACUUCGCUUCUCAAAGCGGUUUAUCCAGCUUUGGCGCACAAAGUGGAUCAAGUGGUUUCGGUGCACAGGCUGGACAAAAUGGAUUUGCUGCACAGGGUGCACAAAAUGGAUUUGCUGCACAGGGUGCACAAAAUGGAUUUGCUGCACAGGGUGCACAAAACGGAUUUGCUGCUCAGGGCGGACAGAGCGGCUUUGGUGCCCAGGGCGCUUCAAACAGCUUCGGUUCUCAAUCUGGAAGCAGUUACGGAUCCCAGUCUGGAAGCAGCUACGGCUCACAAAGCGGCAGCAGCUUCGGAUCCCAGAGCGGCUCAAGCAGUUUCGGAUCCCAAAGCGGUUCGAGCUACGGAUCUCAAGGAUCUUUUGCUAACGGCGGUGGUUACACGGGAUCAUCUCCCCGUCCGUUCGCGGGAACACCAGGAGUGACAAUAAACACACAGAAAUCCGAAUUCGACUUCGACCAACAACAACAAACUCAACAGAAUAUCGAUGAGCUGUUCCAAGGCAGUGGCAAUGUGCAGGAGACCGGUGACUUUCAGCAAACUUGUGCUGGUCAGGGAUACAUCUGCGUGCCGAAAGCACAGUGCAACAAUGGUGUCGUGAGCGGCAAUGGGGCUAAUCUGCUGCAGGCUAGAACUAAGAAGCAAUACUGCAACCUUCGUUCGGAAAUCUGCUGCAGACUCGAAGUGUCUUCCAUCAACCAAGGUGGUUCAUUCAACCAAGGCAGCAUCUUCGGCCAAUCUUCCAACUCUUUUGGCUCCACUGUAUCUUCCUUCGUCCCCGUUACACCUGUCACUCCCAUCCCUGAUGUUACAAGCCAGAACAACUUCAUCGAAACCGAUUCUUUCUCAGCUGGUAGCGAAGCCAACGGUCUGUACCGUCCUGGUUCAAUUGGCAGUGGCUUGAAGCCCGGUAUCCCAUACCUACCUCCUGUAGAUAGCGUUAACAGCGGAACUAACCUUGUUAGUACUACAGCUUUCACGCCCAUCGUGACCACUCCAAGACCGAUUAUUCCAACAGUGAAGCCAUACAUUCCUCCUGUGGUUACUUCCACAUCAGCUCCCGGUUAUUUACCACCAAUUGGUGAACAAACCAUCAAUCGAGAGACGAUUGUACCGAACCCGGUAUAUAACGAAGGAUCCCUCAUUCUUGAUGAGACCAGGCCUCCUAAACCUACACCAGGCGUGCCGUUUGUGCCAAAUGAAAUCCCCGCUGGUUGCGCAGCUGCUCUCAAAUGUACUCCAGUUGAAUUCUGUACUGCUGAAGGAGUAAUUUCCAACACAUCUGUCGUUUUGACAAGAGACCAGGACGCGUAUAGAGUACCUUUAACUGACUGCAGAGACAUCGAAACUGGUCGUAUCGGCAAAUGCUGCCGCGAUCCCUACUACACCGACCCAUGGCCGACCAACCAGCUUGGCAAAUGGGUGCCCGGAGUGUUCGGUGGAAAUGACGGGAAAUACGUACCUGAUAGCAGAGGCAGUUCUAAUAACGUCAGGCCUGUGACACCACCCACCACUGGAUCUGUGCUUUUCGGUAACUUCAGAACAACACCCAAACCAACGGUGCCAUCGUUCGGAUCAACUCCACGAUUCCCAACAACUGUAACUCCGUUCGUUUCAAAAACACCCGGACAAGGACAGUUCACCAAGGGCGGUCAAGGUCAAUUUACUAAAGGCGGGCAAGGUCAGUAUGGCCUCGGAGGCCGUGGACAAGUGAGCCAAGUUGGAAUCGGUCAGAUAGGAACUGCUGGACAAGGACAAUACUCUCAAUUCGGAAGGGGUCAAGUUGGCAUCGCUGGCCAGGGACAAUUCGCCCAAGGCGGUAGAGGUCAAUUCGGUGUCGGAUCACAAGGGCAAUACGGAAGGGGACAAGUCGGUGUAGUCGGACAGGGUGCAGCCACGCAAGUAGGAGUAGGCCAAGUCGGUGUAGGCGGUCAAGUAGGAAGAGGACAAGUCGGUGUUGUCGGACAGGGAGCUAACACUCAGUUUGGAGCAGGACAGAUAGGUGUCGGUGGACAAGGGCAAUACUCUCAAGUAGGAAGGGGACAAGUCGGCAUCUCUGGACAAGGUCAAGCGACACAAUUCGGUGUAGGCCAAGUAGGAGUCGGUGGCCAGGGACAAUAUUCACAAGUAGGAAGAGGCCAAGUUGGCAUCGCCGGACAAGGCCAAACUAACCAAUUCGGCGUUGGCCAAGUAGGCGUCGGUGGCCAAGGACAGUACUCACAAGUAGGAAGAGGACAAGUUGCUAUAUCUGGACAAGGUCAAACUAACCAAUUCGGCGCUGGCCAAGUAGGUGUCGGUGGCCAAGGACAAUACUCGCAAGUAGGAAGAGGACAAGUUGGUGUAGUGGGACAGGGAGCAAGUCAAUUCGGUGGACAAGGACAGUUCGCUCAAGCUGGACGCGGUCAAAUCGGUGUAGCUGGCCAAGGCGUAGCUACUCAACUAGGGAACGGUCAGAUUGGCGUAGUUGAUCAGGGAGAAUAUACGCAAUUAGGAAACGGUCAAAUCGCAGUCAAUGGGCAAGGACAAUACUCGCAAGUUGGCAGGGGACAGAUCGCUGUUGGCGGCGCAGGACAAAUCGGUUCUGGUUCGCAAGUAACCAACGCGUUUUCAAAGGGACAAUUCGGACAAGGUGGUAUCGCUACUGGUGGGCAGGGAGAACUCAUAAGCCAAGGCCAGGGACAACUGGUUUCUCAAGGACAGGGCCAAUUGGUGUCACAGGGACAGGGCUCGUACGUUAGCCAGGGCCAAGGCCAACUGGUUGGUCAGGGAGGUGGUCAAUACGUUAGCCAAGGAAAAGGACAAUACAGUUUUGGAAGCAGCGGACAGUACGAACUCGGAGGACAGGGACAACAGCAAGGUUUUGGAAUCAUAAACCAAGCGCAAGGCCUCUCCAAAGCAUCAGGACAACUCGUGUCACAGGGACAGGGCCAAGCUAUUUCACAGGGCAAGGGCCAGAUCGUUUCCCAAGGAAAGGGCCAGAUUGUUUCGCAAGGAAAGGGCCAGAUUGUUUCACAAGGAAAGGGCCAGAUCGUUUCACAAGGAAAUGGUCAGUUCGUUUCGCAAGGAAAUGGUCAGUUCGUUUCGCAAGGAAACGGCCAGAUUGUUUCACAAGGAAAGGGCCAAAUUGUUACCCAGGGCCAAGGCACUCUUGUAUCUCAGGGUGGUGGAUCUUACAUUGAGCAAGGUGAAGGCCAGACUGUUUCUCAAGGUUUCGGUACCGGAUUCACACAGGGCCAGGGCUUCUCCGUUUCUCAAGGAUCAGGAUUUGGUGUUGAGAAUGAGUACCAAGAAUCUGUGCAAAGGGUGUUCCUUCAAAGAUAUAACGGAGCUGGACAGUGCGGUAUCUUAAACCCCCAAAAACCAUACGGCAACAAGAACGACCUAGAAACCGACUUCGCAGAGAUCCCCUGGCAAGCGAUGGUUCUUCUCCAGACCAACAGAAGCCUUCUGUGCGGUGGUGUGAUCACCAGACCUGAUGUGGUUGUCACUUCAGCUGCCUGUGUUGAUGGCCUCGACGCGAAGAACGUUCUCAUCAAGGGCGGGGAAUGGAAACUGGGAAUCGACGACGAACCUCUUCCCUUCCAAAUCGUGCAAGUCAAGACGAUCCUACGUCACCCGUUCUAUCGCCGUGGAAGUCUUCUAUACGAUGCUGCUAUCCUAGUACUUAGCGAAAACCUGAGAUUGGCUAAGAACAUCAACCCGAUCUGCUUGCCUAGUACUGAAGAUACUUUGGACGCGUAUUACAAUGGUGCCGGCGAAUGUGUCGUGACUGGAUGGGGCAAGAUUGUAUUGCAAGCGCACAUCGAAGGAGCAAUCAUGCACAGUAUGAACGUGUCUCUCAUCAACCCUGGGGAGUGCCAAGCCAAGCUUUCCUCCGACUACCCGCAUUUGCUAGAACAGUACAACGAAGAUGCCUGCGUGUGCGGCCAGCCUACCAACCCGUUGAAUAAUAUUUGCAAGGUGGACAUUGGGAGCGCUCUCGCCUGCACAAGCGGUGACGGUAGAUACGUGAUGAGAGGAGUUUACUCUUGGGAUUCAGGUUGUCAAGUCGGCAAUCAAAUAGCAUCGUUCUACAAAUUCGACCUAGAAUGGUACGAAUGGGCGAUCGGUCUAAUCGAAAGCGUGCGUUUCUCUCAAUACACCAAAGUUACUACAGGAAAAUAUACUGGACAAAUCAACGGUGGAGUUAAAGGAAGCCAAUUUGGUAGCGGAAUAAAAACCAGCCAAUUUGGAGGUGCUGUUAAAACUUCGCAAUUCGGUAAAGCCCAGUUUGGAAGCGGUGUGACACAAUUUGGGGGUGUUAAGAACCAAGGGGCUAUUUCUGGGUCUCAAGGAGUUGGUUUCACAGGAGUCAAAGGUUUUGCUGUGUCUGGUAAAGGACAGUUCGGUUUCGAAGGACAAGGACAAAAUGAAGGGCUUGCUAAUGGCCAAUUUGGAUCUGGACAGUUGAGUCAAUUUGCUUCUGGAAAGUUCGGAACGGGUUUCGAAUCAGCAGACUUCAACAGCCAAAUCAAAUCUCCAAUUACAAGCAAUGCGUAUAGUGCGACGUAUUCUGAGAAGAAAGUUUUCCAAACCGAACCGAAGAUCAUUUCUUUCACCACGAAACCUGAGAUCGUUACAUACACGACCAAACCCGAAAUCUUCACUUACACCACUAAGCCUAAAAUUAUCACUUACACCACCAAACCCAAGAUUAUCACAUACACGACUAAGCCAAAAAUCAUCACCUAUACCACUAAACCACAGAUUAUCACCUACGAAACGUCUGGUAGUGGUACUAACCCACAAUACGUAGCCCCAGGCGUUACUUUCAACCCAAGUUUCUCUGAACUUGUAGGCGCACAUUCCCAUACUUCUACAUGCAAGUGCUUGGAGAACAAAUAAAUAUAACAAUAAACCAGUGCCAUAUUUUUCGACAUUUUUUGACAUUUUCGACAUUUUUGACAUAUUCGACAUAAUAACUCAGUUCCUAGCGAGUUACCGAAAUUAAUGUAAAAUCAAAAUCGAAUUCGACAAACGAUAUUUCUCUAUUUAUAUCUGAUGUAAAUAUGUAGGUUAUAUUAAAUAUCAUGUAAGAUUGUAUGUAUGUAUAACGGCUUAGCGUAAAAAAACUGCCAUUUUGUUAUUUUAUAAGUUCAACGUAUUUAAGAAAAGUAUUUUUGACGUUCUUUUUUCAUUAGACUUUUGACCAUCUUGGGUUGAUUCGCCAAAAUGGUCGACUCUCUAAUAUAAUUGGUAUUAGUAAAAUAAGUUUAUUUUUAUAUAAAAUUUUACACAAAAAUCGAUGAAUUAUUUAGUCAAUAUGUGUAGUAUAUAUUGAUGUUAUUUCUGAUUGUAUGAUUAGGAUUAAUUAAUAAAUGGAGGUUUACAUAAUAA